AUGCCUUGGGCCAGACCGCAGGUGGACCUUAAUGCUGGUGGAGCACCAGAGGCCAUUGACCACUACAGUUCAGAUGACCACCACUACGAGGGCUCCCUCUUCCCCACCUCCACCCUCAUCCCUGUCACUGUCAUCUGCAUCCUGAUCUUCAUUGUCGGGGUGACGGGCAACACCAUGACCAUCCUCAUCAUCCAGCACUUCAAAGACAUGAAGACCACCACCAACCUCUACCUGUCCAGCAUGGCGGUGUCUGACCUCAUCAUCUUCCUCUGCCUGCCCUUUGACCUCUACCGCCUGUGGAAGUACGUGCCCUGGCUGUUUGGGGAGGUGGUGUGCCGCCUCUAUCACUAUAUCUUUGAGGGCUGCACCUCGGCCACCAUCCUCCACAUCACGGCUCUGAGCAUCGAGCGCUACCUGGCCAUCAGCUUCCCCUUAAGGAGCAAGGUGGUGGUGACCAGACGUAGGGUCCAGUACAUCAUCAUCGCCCUGUGGGGUUUUGCCCUGGUUUCAGCAGCUCCCACGCUCUUCCUGGUCGGGGUGGAGUACGACAACGACACGCACCCGGACUACAACACGGGGCAGUGCAAGCACACCAGCUAUGCCAUCAGCUCCGGACAGCUGCACAUCAUGCUCUGGGUGUCCACCACUUACUUUUUCUGUCCAAUGCUCUGUCUAAUCUUCCUCUAUGGCUCCAUCGGAUGCAAGCUGUGGAAAAGCAAAAAUGACCUGCAAGGUCCCUGUGCCAUGGCCCGGGAAAGGUCACACAGGCAGACAGUCAAGAUACUGGUGGUGGUGGUGCUGGCCUUCAUCAUCUGCUGGCUCCCAUACCACAUCGGCAGGAACCUCUUUGCCCAGGUGGACGACUACGAAACGGCCAUGCUGAGCCAGAACUUCAACAUGGCCUCCAUGGUGCUCUGCUACCUCAGCGCCUCCAUCAACCCCGUCGUCUACAACCUCAUGUCCCGGAAGUACAGGGCUGCGGCCAAACGCCUGUUCCUGCUGCACCAGCGGCCCAGACAGGCCCACCGCGGCCAGAGACAGCUCUGCGUGACGGACCACAUCUCCACCCUGAAUGAAAGCCUGACUGGAGUCUGAAGGUCGUUGACACGCCGAGCAGUGUUUUUGACAGACUUGUUUGACUUCAUCACAGAGGGAGAGUUUUCAGGCUUCUUUAAAGUCCAGGAGUUGCACUUAAAGAGGAAACUUGUUCAAGAUGUAUAGGGGAGAACUGUCCAAUGUUCUAUUUUAUCUUUGAGGGGAAAUUCAGGGCUGAGAGCUACACUGCUCUUCAAUGCAAAGUCUCUUUAUUACCACUCAGUGGCAUUUUUGUCCACAGAGGCUGGGUGAGGGUUCUCAAACAUGUCAAUUUUAUGUCAAGAAAAUAUUAAUUCAUUGAAUUCCAAGCAAAAAAAAAAAAAGAA